UUUGGUCUUCUUUGACACUGGAGGUGGGGGAUACAGCAGGAGGGAAUUGAGGGAUUUGCCUCCCCGCCCCCUCCCCUAGGUAGCAGAGAGAUCGCGCUGGCUGGAAGCGUGUAGCCCCUCGCACAGUGCUCACUCCGCAGUCGCGGAGCUGGGAGAACAGCCCCCGAGGCGGAGCCUCGCUCCUGCCCCCGGGUACCACUGCCCCCACCUGGGGGUGAGAGGCGGGAGCUGCGCUGCCCUCCCUCUGCGCCCCGGCCGCGUGGCUUGCGGCUUAUUUUCCCAGCUGGCAAGCGUCGCGCUGCAGACAAGGGAAUGCCUGUGGGAAGGCUGCGCUGGUUUCCUGAGAUAAAUGGACAGGAAGCGCAUUACCUCCGCGUGCUGGCAAGCGGCUCCCAAAUGCUUUUUGCACCUGCCGCUUUGAGCAGUGCGAGCCGCGGUGGAGCCCGCAGGGAUCACGGAGACUGGUGGUGUACGCUCGGGUGAUGAGCCUCACGCACGCCCGCGGCCCUCUCCUUCCGGGGGCGCAGCGCUCACGCCGGGCUCUGGGGCUCUUCUCUCACACCCAGGUCCUGCGUGUUCCGGAGCUCGGUGGCCCCCUGAUCCCGCCAAGCCCCCUCCAGGAGCGGAAGGGUUAAGAAUGAUGAGGAAGAAGAGGAAGCGAGGAGAGUCCCCCGGCCCAUGCCGCAGCCACGGCCCCGGACCCGCCACGGCGCCAGCGCCGCCGCCCUCGCCGGAGCCCACGAGACCUGCAUGGACGGGCAUGGGCUUGAGAGCAGCACCUUCCUGCGCCGCCGCCGCCGCCUCCGCUGCCGCCGCCGGGGCUGAGCAGCGCCGCCGCCCCCGGCUCUGCCCGCCGCCCCUGGCGCUGCUGCUGUUGCUGCUGCUCAGCCUCGGGCUGCUCCACGCAGGUGACUGCCAACAGCCGGCCCAAUGUCGAAUCCAGAAAUGUACCACAGACUUUGUGUCCCUGACUUCACACCUGAACUCUGCCAUUGACGGCUUUGACUCGGAGUUUUGCAAGGCCCUACGUGCCUAUGCUGGCUGCACCCAGCGAACUUCAAAAGCUUGCCGUGGCAAUUUGGUAUACCAUUCUGCUGUGUUGGGUAUCAGUGACCUUAUGAGCCAGAGGAACUGUUCCAAGGACGGACCCACCUCCUCCACCAACCCUGAAGUGACCCAUGACCCUUGUAACUAUCACAGCCAUGCAGGAGCCAGAGAACACAGAGGAGGGGAUCAGAACCCUCUCAAUUACCUUUUUUGUGGCUUGUUCGGAGAUCCUCACCUUAGAACUUUCAAGGAUCACUUCCAGACGUGCAAAGUGGAAGGGGCCUGGCCACUCAUAGAUAAUAAUUAUCUUUCAGUUCAAGUGACAAAUGUGCCUGUGGUCCCUGGAUCCAGUGCUACUGCUACAAAUAAGAUCACCAUCAUCUUCAAAGCCCACCGUGAGUGUACAGAUCAGAAAGUGUACCAAGCUGUGACAGAUGACUUGCCAGCUGCCUUUGUGGAUGGCAGCACCAGCGGCGGGGACGGCGACGCCAAGAGCCUGCGAAUCGUGGAAAGGGAGAGCGGCCGCUACGUGGAGAUGCACGCCCGCUACAUAGGAACCACGGUGUUUGUGCGGCAGCUGGGUCGCUACCUGACCCUCGCCAUCCGCAUGCCCGAAGACCUGGCCAUGUCCUACGAGGAGAGCCAGGACCUGCAGCUGUGCGUCAACGGCUGCCCGCUGAGCGAGCGCAUCGAUGAGGGGCAGGGCCAGGUGUCGGCCAUCCUGGGGCACGCCCUGCCCCGCACCUCCCUGGCACAGGCCUGGCCUGGCUACACACUGGAGACUGCCAACGCUCACUGCCACGAGAAGAUGCCAGUGAAGGACAUCUAUUUCCAGUCCUGCGUCUUUGACCUGCUCACCACUGGUGAUGCCAACUUCACCGUUGCCGCCCACCGUGCCUUGGAGGACGUGGAGGCGCUGCACCCCAGGAAGGAGCGCUGGCACAUUUUCCCGAGCGGCGGGCACAGGGCGCCCCGCGCGGGCUACCAUUUGUCUGUCGGUCUAGGACUCAUGUGCUUGAUCCUUAUUGUGUUUUUGUAGGGGUUGUCUUUUGUUCUGUUUAUUUUUUGUCUAUAACAAAAUUUUAAAAUAUAUAUUGUCAUAAUAUAUUGAGUAAGAGAGUAUAUAUGUAUAUACCAUGUAUAUGACAGGAUGUUUGUCCUGGGACACCCACAGUUUGUACAUAUUGUGUUUGACUGUUUUCAUGUAUGUUGGAUGUAGUAUUCUUUGAUUGUAUCAAUUUUGUUUUGCAGUUUUGUGAAAUGUUUUAUAAUGUCCCUGCCUGGGGACCUGUUAGAAAGCACUUUAUUUUUUAUAUAUUAAAUAUUUAUGUGUGUACCUGGUUAGUAUGUAUAGUACAUAUACACAGACACCGAACACAGCGCCCCCGUUAAAGAUGACCAGUGGUGACGCUCGUGGCUGUCUUGGCUGCUCCCUGCCGCUUUCCCAUUGCUACUGACCUGCCACGUGUGCAGCUGCCACUCGCCUCCUGGUGGAGCCGCCUCGUUCCUUUGAGCUCAGUCCUCACCUCUUCUGUACUCACUUGAUGUGGAAAAAUUGUUAACUCCCCCCUGACAGGUGCUUUUGGCUCUGUUACACUGACCUCUAGGAAGCCAACAGCUGUCACUUUUUCAGAGGGUGCGCAGAAUAUCACUCUAACCUUUAUUCACUAGGGUGGUUCUAUCUGAGCACCUCCGGUAUGUUAAGCUGAUCCAUAGGAAACUGGUCAGAAGGAGCUGGUGACGGCAACGUCAUAGAUAGCCAGGCAUUUUGCUAGAUUCCAAGAGCUCGCAGACUUUUUCUCAUCUCAUGUCCCUGUCUGAACUAAACAUUUUCCCUCUCUUAACUCCAUGCUUCAUUGAACAAGCAAAACACAAAGAUGAGUGCAGUGGUCACACCUUGCUCUUCUCUCUAGUUUGUGCAAGCCCACGUUCUUAGCUUCCCGUCCUUUCUCCUUGGGCCCAGAAACACACUAUUCCCAGUCAGCCCUCCUCAGCCUCACUUUAUGAGCCCAGGCACUGGAUGAUGACAUCCUCACCCCAUCACGAUGUUUCCCACUCUUGCCUUUCACUCCGUACCCUUCAUCAGGGUUUGCUGUGUCUGUACACAUGAUGGAAUGGACGAGGGUGGUAAUGACACAAGCUUCCUGCCUGCCUCAGUGCAACUAACUGGUUAACCUGGACAUUCUCCUUAAGCGGUGAUGCUUCCCAGGUGGUCUCUUCUAUCAGGUACCCUCCCUCCUAAUAUCUGUAGCUGAAUGUUAUUUAGUCAGUUGCUCGUGUAACUUGGUAAAAUCCAUCUAAGGUAAUAGAUCUCCUCUUUACCCCUUCUAGUCCAUCGUCAGCACCCCUGAAAAAGGAAACCACCACCAGCAACAGAGACUGAGGAAGUGAACUCCAGGGUAGGUAGCUUUAUAUUGUUAAACCUAAAAUGGAAAUGUUCGGCUCCAAGAAAAGGUGACAGAAUUUGUGCUUUACCUGAAGUUUCCAUAAGUGUAAACGAAAGUGAGUGAACUUUAAAUAUCAUGGUGAUUUGGGUCAGGUUUGUGCAAAGUUUUAGUUGGCCAGGAGUUUCUUCCUUUUGCCAUGUCUCAUUGGUUAGUAGCACUCAUGCCAGCGGCCCAAACUGGCAUGAGAAGACGAUAUCGUUUUGUGAAGUUCUUUUUCUUAGUGAGCUGACCUGUCCAGUCACAGGAUAGGACUGUGGGUUCAUGUAGAGAUGGCAGACCUCCUCUCUUAUCUUCUAGUGUAUGAGAGAAUAAUGUGGCCGGUCUGGAAACAUAAUGAAGACAUCCUGCUGCUUACGCAAAGAUUCGGUACCAAGAAGUUGGAAGUAAACCUGUUGUCCUUUUAUGAAAACUGUGUUAGGGGCCUACCUCCCAUCAGCUCCGAGCUGUGGCUGCUUUUGUUCACCUAUGGAACCAUGCGCCAGGUUCAGAAACUAUAUUCCAAACUCAAUUCCAAAACAAAAUUAAUUAGCUAACUAUAAGCUAAUUUUGUUUUGGAAUUGAGUAGAAUGAAGGAGAGAAAAUAUUUAGGGUACUUCUAACCACUGUUUUUGUGCAAAUAGUAUAAAAGUAAAGUAAAAACAACCGUAGAAAUCUCUACAGUAUCUGGGUAUAGAGCAUAGAUGAUUAAUACGUCUUUGUCCUUUGUCCAAGGAAAGCAAAACCACCUCCUCUACUAAUAGUUGGGAAAAGAAAAGAAGGUUAUUUUGCCAUAUCAUUUAACUGGAGAGGAUGCUUAAAAGCAUCCAACAUCACUAGUAUUGCUACCAGUGUAUUCAGCUAGUCUCCCUUUAUAACCAGUGCCCCUGGACAACAUUCACAAUCCCCGCAGAUAACUGUUUCAGAAAUAACAGGUAUUUCUCCAGAGAGGGGCCGGCUUAUUUCCUUUCUUUUCUAGGAUUUCUAAAGUACUGCUUGCACAUGUUGGUUUCUGAAAUCCUCCUUAACCAGAAGAGUUUUGGGUCAUUCCGACACAUGGAUAGGCUGUAGCUGUUCAAAGGUCUCCUGGGGGAGCAUAAAACUUGGAGGAAAACACUGGUUUUCACAGAUGCUCCACAUGGCUGUCUUUAAAAGACUCAAAACAUUUUUUUGUCCUCUUUGUUAUGCUUGGAAACUUCACAGUGUGUCAAAUCUUUGCAAAGAAACCUUUUAGAUGUGGUUCAUAGGUAUAUGAAUAAGUAUCUAUGUAAAACAGUGAG